AUGGCGUCGGUGGAGGUGCGGUCGGUGCGGAAGUCCACGGCCCUGCGGGCGCGCGGCGGGCCCAGCAAGCUGCAGCCGGCGCGGUCGAUGCCGCUCGACUACAGGUACUCGGCCGGGGCCGCCUCGCCGCCGAACGGCGCCGCCGGUGGCGGGCCGGCUGCGAACGGCGUCGGGCGCCGGGCGGCUGCGGCGGCGGAGGCGGAGACGGAGGAGAAGGAAGGGGAGGUGGUGCGGCUGGAGCGGGACGACGCGGACUCGCCGUACAGCUCCAAGGCGGUGACAGCGGAGGAGGAGGAGGAGGUGGGGGAGAGAGGUGGAGGAAACGAGGUGGAUUCGGCGGCCGCGGCGACGCCAAGGCGCUUGUCGCCGAGGGCAGCGGCGAGCCCCACGGAAGGCGACGCCAGGUGGAGUGACACCAGCUCGUACGGCGCUAAGAAGAAGCAUAGAGUUUUUUGUCAGCUUCUGAAUGGUGAUUGGGCAUUAUGCACAGUACUUACAACCUCUGGUGACGAGUCCGUUCUAAAGGUUUCUGAAGGGAAAGUACUGAGAUUGAAAACAGAGAGUCUUCAACCUGCAAAUCCUGAAAUUCUUGAUGGAGUGGAUGAUCUUAUGCAGCUAAGUUAUCUAAGUGAACCAUCAGUACUGUACAAUCUGCAGUACAGAUACUCCCAGGACAUGAUUUAUACUAAAGCAGGUCCAGUUUUGGUUGCUGUCAAUCCUUUCAAGAAAGUUGCACUGUAUGGUAGUGAGUACAUUGAUGCAUAUAGAAAUAAAUCAAUGGACAGUCCACAUGUUUAUGCAAUAGCAGAUGCAGCACUUCGUGAAAUGAAAAGAGAUGAAGUCAACCAAUCUAUAAUUAUAAGCGGUGAGAGUGGAGCAGGAAAAACAGAAACCGCAAAAAUUGCUAUGCAGUAUCUAGCUUCUCUUGGAGGUGGAAGUGGUAUUGAAUAUGAAAUUAUUCAGACCAAUCCAAUACUCGAGGCUUUUGGCAAUGCAAAGACAUUGAGAAAUGAUAACUCAAGUCGUUUUGGAAAGCUUAUCGAAAUUCAUUUCAGUACCACUGGAAGAAUAUGUGGUGCCAUGAUUCAAACAUUUUUGCUUGAGAAGUCCAGAGUUGUACAAUGUGCAGUUGGUGAGCGAUCCUACCAUAUAUUUUAUCAGCUGUGUGCUGGUGCACCUGUGUCUCUAAGAGAGAAGUUGAAUUUGAAAAAGGUGGAUGAGUACAAAUAUCUUAAACAGAGCUGUUGCUAUUCAAUUGCGGGUGUGGAUGAUGCCCAAAUGUUUCGAACUGUGACGGAAGCUAUGAACAUCGUUCAUAUCAGCAAAGAGGACCAAGAGAAUGUUUUUGCAAUGGUCUCUGCUGUUCUAUGGCUGGGGGAUGUCUCGUUUACAGUAAUUGACAAUGAAAAUCAUGUUGAAAUCAUUGUAGAUGAAGCUUCAAAAACGGUUGCAGAACUUCUUGGCUGCAGUAUUGAAGAUCUCAAUUUAGCUUUGUCAAAGCGCCACAUGAAAGUCAAUAAUGAAAACAUUGUCCAGAAACUUACCCUUGCUCAGGCAACUGACACAAGAGAUGCUCUGGCCAAAUCAGCCUAUGCCAGUUUGUUUGAGUGGCUUGUAGAACAAAUUAAUAAGUCUCUCUCAGUUGGCAAGCGUCGAACUGGGAGAUCUAUCAGUAUUCUUGAUAUCUAUGGCUUUGAAUCAUUUGAUAAGAACAGUUUUGAACAGUUCUGCAUUAAUUAUGCUAAUGAAAGGUUGCAACAACAUUUCAAUCGUCAUUUGUUUAAGCUUGAGCAAGAGGAAUAUGUGGAGGAUGGCAUCGACUGGGCAAAGGUUGACUUUGAGGAUAAUCAAGACUGUUUGAGUCUCUUUGAGAAAAAACCACUGGGGUUAUUGUCUCUGCUGGAUGAGGAAUCUACUUUCCCCAAUGCCACAGAUCUUACUUUUGCAAACAAGCUUAAGCAACAUCUUGACUCGAAUUCUUGCUUCAGAGGAGAAAGAGGCAAGGCAUUUAUUGUCCGUCACUAUGCAGGCGAGGUGGCUUAUGAUACUUCGGGUUUUCUGGAGAAGAAUAGAGAUUUAUUGCACAUGGACUCGAUUCAGCUCCUUGCCAAAUGCAAAACUUCUCUGCCAAAAAUGUUUGCAUCUAAGAUGCUGGCUCAAUCAGAUAAUUCUAUGUCUGUUCCAUAUAGAUCUAGUGCUGCUGAUUCUCAAAAACUAAGUGUUGCCAUGAAGUUCAAGGGUCAACUGUUCCAACUUAUGCAAAGACUGGAAAGUACAACACCACACUUCAUUCGCUGCAUUAAACCAAAUAAUUUACAACUUCCUGCAAUUUACGAACAAGGACUUGUGCUUCAACAACUUAAAUGCUGUGGGGUUCUUGAGGUUGUCCGGAUUUCAAGAUCUGGAUAUCCAACAAGAAUGACUCACCAGAAGUUUGCUUGUCGGUAUGGCUUUCUUCUUCUUGAGGAUGUUGCAUCUCAAGAUCCACUCAGUGUUUCAGUUGCAAUUCUUCAUCAGUUCAACAUUUUACCUGAGAUGUAUCAAGUUGGCUACACAAAGUUGUUCUUCCGAACUGGCCAGAUUGGCAAACUUGAAGAUACUCGGAAUCGUACUCUGCACGGUAUUCGUGGCAGUCUUGUUCGAAGAUGUAAUGGCAAUAUUGAUCUAAUAAACGUGCUAAGAGAGUUUGAAUCAAAACAGGAGGCAGAGGGUGAUCAAAUUUUGAUCAAGGCAUCAGUCCUGGCUGAGUUACAGAGGCGGAUACUAAAAGCCGAGGCUACAGUUCGUGAAAAGGAUGAAGAGAAUGAGAUGCUCCAUCAGCGGCUUCAGCAAUAUGAAAACCGCUGCCUUUCCGUAGCAAAGAAGAGUCUUGCUCUGGAUGAGACGCCUAGGAUGUCAGACUCAUCAGUGGAUCAGAGCUGGGAAAUAGCACGGAAUCACGUCAGCAGUGGGUCUCAGCUGGUGCCACGCACUGGUGCGCGCGAAAUGAACGCUGGCCUGAGCGUCAUUGGCCGCCUAACGGAAGAAUUUGAACAGCGGAGCCAGGUUUUUGCUGAUGACGCCAAGUUCCUGGUUGAGGUCAAGUCUGGGCAGGCGGAUGCCAGCCUAAACCCAGACAUGGAGCUCCGGAGGUUGAAGCAGAAUUUUGACUCGUGGAAGAAAGAUUUCAGUGGCCGCAUAAGGGAGACAAAGGUGAUCCUGAACAAGCUUGGGAACGGCAACGAGUCAUCGCCCAACUCUGUGAAGCGGAAAUGGUGGGGCAGGCUGAACACCUCCAAAUUUUCGUGA